GGUCGAGGUCUGAAAAAACUGAAUAAUUACAUAUAUGUUUGUGAUUGGGUUUUUAAGUCCAUUUGGAAACUAAACCUCUUUACAUUCAGUGUGUCAGUGUUUUUCAAUUUUUCGAGUUAUAAUAUUAGUCCAGUUGACCUUGUUAUUGCAAAUCAACGUGUCUACGUAGUUACGUUUCUUCCUGUCUCUCAGAUGUUUAUGAUCGAUUUAAAUACUGCAACUCUUUACAACGUGUAUCAGUUCCCAAAUGUGACGAGUGUGCGUUUCAUGACACUCGACACCUGCAAUCGAAUAUGGCUUGGAUCUUUGGGAACGAAUUUAAGUACUGUACCUGUCUUCGACUUGGGCACCGAAACAGUGAGUUUUUAUCCCAACUAUGGAAUUGGAGUAGGUGCCAUCAUAGGUCAUAUUAACUUCGAUAUUCAUUAUAAUAUGGUUAUGGUUGCUGAGGUGAUCACAACCGUCUACAAACUGUCACUAAACACAACAAUAACUUGUAAUUAAACUCUUGUCGGAAAACUGUUAAGUGAAACAUGCAGAUUGCAUUCACUGACGUUUUCGGAGCGAGUUAACAAGCCCAGUGCACUUUCUAGGAUUUAGGAAACAUCCAUGAUCUUACGUUGUUGGAAGAAAUAUAAUAUUUUAUUCUUACAAGAUAAUAGCUUACAUGGUUAGAUAGAGCUCGAAGAGCUGAUUCCGAAUAUCUACUUGGAAUCCCAUUUUGAUCAAGUUUUGGCUGAGCUAUCCUCAAAAAUCACAUCUAUCAAUUUCUAUCAUCAUAUUCAUUAAAAUUUUUUACUGGACUUCAUUCAGUUUCACUUAGUACGUGAUAAUGAUUUAUCUUUUAUAACAGACCAGUUAAUCGAUUCGUUAGUGUCAUUGUCAUUACAACAGUUACAAUCAUUAGAGAUUGUUUUUUGUAAUGGAGAAAAAGUAACAUCUGAGAAUGUGACACAUGUUGAUGAAUUACUUUUUAUAACAAAUCAAUUAAUUCUAUUCAUUAUUAUUAUUAUCAUGUUCAUCAAAAGAAUUAGAAUCAUUAGAAAAUCUUUUUCUUAAUGGUGAAGAAGCAUCAUAUCAUCGAAGAAUGUAACACAUUUCAUUGAAACAAUAUUUAUUAUUUCCAUUUAUUAUUUCAUUUAAACAAUAUUUUUUCUCCAUCAUUAUUACCGUCAUUAACAUAUUUUUAUUUAAAUAAUUGUAUAAAUAUAAAACUGAAUGAACUAUUUAUACCAAAAUCAACAACAGCAAAUUUACAAUAUUUAUUUUGUUAUCAUAUGUCUAGUGAAUACCUUAUUCAUUUAGUACCAGCAUUACAAAAAUUAAAAUCAAUCAAAAUUGAUUAGUUGUGUAAUGAUAAUGAUAAAGAUUAUUUACCACUUACAACAACAAUAACAACAAAUAUCUUACCAAAUUUAAUACGUUUAAUUGUCUACUUUAGUGAUUUUAUAGAAUUUCAAGAUAUUCAAAUUUUAUUUGAAAAAAUGCCGAAUUUAAAAUACUUAACAGCUUAA